AUGUCUAAGCAUCCAGAUGUCCAGGGGAAUCAAUACUCUGCAUAUAGCUUUUUGGCAGUGUCAGUCCCCCCAGUGAUGAAAAAAAAAAAUCAUGUUAUCUUCUUGUUGGAUGGAUCUGAUGACACUAGAAAUGGCUUCCCAGCUGUGCAAGACUUUGUCCAAAGAGUUCUGGAGACACUCAGUGUGGAUGACAACAAAGACCAUGUCUCAGUGGUUCAGUACAGCAUAAGCUCAACUGUCGAACUCAAUCUGAACACAUACACCACAAAAGAAGACAUCCUUCAAGCUGUCAGAGGGUUAACACACAAAGGUGGAGAAACCCGCAACACUGGAGCAGCUCUCCAGUACUUGAUUGAAAAUGUCCUCACGGCCUCUGCCGGAAGCAGGCUCCAGGAAGGAGUUCAGCAGAUCCUCUUUUUGAUAAGUGGUGGAAGGUCCUCUGACAGUGUGGAUGCACCAGCCUCCGCUCUCAAACAGAUGGGUGUCUUGACCUUCGCAAUUGGAACCAGGGGUGCUGAUAGCGGUGAACUACUGAAGAUAGCCAGUUUUGCUUCUACUGUUGAAGAUUUCACUGAGCUUCCCAAUGUCCACGAGAAGCUCUACUAUGCAGCUAGUUUACUUACCGUUCCAAACUCUGCCUUUAAUUGUCCUUGA